GAUUUAAGCGGUACAGAAAAUGGAUGGAUGGACGAUUAAAAUGGUGGCCUCUUUAAGGUGUUAUUUUCUAUUUCUUUGUUUCCUGUAAUCUUCUACAAUUGUUAAUUAGUAUUUUCUUUAUUUACAAAAUCAAUUAAUAUCAAACAAUAUCAAAUAUCAAACUAUGAAAUAGGUUUUCUUGUGAAUGUGCAUGUUGGAUUGUUACGUUUGCAUUCGGCGUGGGAACUUUCAGUGGUCAGCUUGACUUCGAGCACCGUGUUCCUGAAAUUUUCCACUCGUGGUGACGGCAGUGAACACAACGCGGGCGGCGAGGACAAACAAUGGAGAGAAGUGCUGGAGCGCAGUCUCUCGAAGAGGUGGCAGAUGUGAAGAGGAGACACAGGAGGAACACGGCACGGCUCAUUGCAACGUUCAACUGAGAGUUUUCGUGCUUGGUAAGCAUGGCAGUAAAUGUGGCUGGACUCGUGGCUGUGGCUGCCUUUUAUGUCGUCGUCCUGCUAACUGGCAUCUUGGCGUCACGCAAAUCUAAGAAAGUGGAGAAGAAAUGCACUGGCAAAAAGAACGAAGUCUCCAUUAUCGGAGGCCGCAACAUCAAUGUCUUACUAGGAGUUUUUACCAUGACAGCGACAUGGGUUGGUGGAGGUUAUAUUAUGGGGACUGCUGAGGCUGUUUAUAAUCCCUCUCAAGGUCUCGUCUGGGCUUUUGGGCCUGUUGCAUUUCUUUUGAAUUUUGUUUUAGGAGGAUUAUUUUUGGCAAAACCAAUGAGGUCAAAAUGCUACGUGACGAUGUUGGACCCAUUCCAGCACCGCUACGGCCAAAUGUUCACGACCGCAAUCUUAGUUCCUGCUUUGAUCAGUGAUAUUUUGUGGGUUGCCACCAUCCUCGCUGCUCUAGGAGGAACGAUGAGCAUCAUCCUGGAACUACCAUUGGUAAUCUCCAUCCUGAUCUCUGCAGCUGUCUCCAUCUUCUACACUGUUUUAGGAGGCCUCUAUGCAGUGGCAUACACUGAUAUUAUCCAACUGAUCUUCAUGUUUGUCAGUCUGUGGGUCUGUAUUCCCUUUAUUAUUACCAGUCCUGCGGUUGGUGGCAUCUCACAAGCAGUUUAUUUCAACCAAUCACACAGCCAGUCAUGGGUGGGAGUGCUGCGGCUCGAGGAUGCAGGACGAUGGACAGAUAAUUUCUUGAUAUUGACUAUAGGAGGACUGGCAUACCAGUGUCUACACCAGAGGAUCCUUUCAGCAGCCUCCUCAACAACGGCUCAGGUUACCUGCUUUGCUGCUGCUGGCGUAACUUUUAUUAUGGGAAUCCCGUCAGUCGUCAUUGGAGCAGUGGCUGUUUCUGCAGACUGGAACCAAACAGAAUAUGGGCUACCCCCACCUUAUGAACGCGGGGAGGCAGGGAUUAUUCUGCCGUUGGUCCUGUCCUACAUUGCACCCACCUGGGUGUCAGUGUUGGGCAUUGGUUCUAUAGCAGCAGCAGUUAUGUCUUCCAUGGACUCUGUGUUGCUGUCAUCAGCAUCCAUGUUCACACAAAAUAUUUACAAGACGUCUUUGAGAAAACAGGCCUCAGACAAGGAGCUGCAAUGGGUCCUCCGUGUUAGCGUGCUGCUGGUGGGCAUGGCUGGAACCGGUCUGGCUUUUAACAAGAACAGUGUGCUUGCACUCUGGCUGUUAGCUUCAGAUCUACUCUACUGCAUUGUGAGCCCGCAGCUCUUCUGUGUGGUGCACCUUCACUUUGUCAACAGCUACGGUGCCAUCAGCGCCUACAUCGCAGCGCUGCUGCUGCGUGUGCUGAGCGGCGAGCCCGCGCUGGGCAUCCCUCCUGUGCUACUCUACCCGGGCUGGAGGGAAGACCAAGGAGUCAUCAACCAUUAUUUUCCCUACAGGACUCUGAUUAUGCUUAUCUCUCUGGUGACUCUGACUCUCGUGUCAUGGCUGGCUGAGCUGGCCUUCGCUCGGCACCUCGUUCCACAGUCCUGGGACGUCUUGGGUGUGUUUGACAAGAAAAUGGAGGCAGUAGAAGAGGAAAUUCCAAUGCAAAUUUCGAAUGAGGAAAAUAACCCUCUCCAUAGUACAUUAUAGUCCCAUAGUAUCUGUCAAACCUCAUGUUUUUAUGCACACGCUUACAUAUUUUCUGUAUGACACAUUUAAAGAAUAGCUUCUUUUGUACACAAAUAAUUGCAAAAUUGCCGUUGCAUUGUAAGCCUAAACAAAGAGGAAAUGUUAAGGCUACUCAUGCUGCUCUCAUAUAAUGGGCUGCUUGUGGGGUGUGUACUCCGAUGCAUACUCAAGCUUGGUACACGAUGUGAAGAGAUGGGCCUGGGCCCAUAAUUAAUGUAGUCACUCUUACUAACUAUUCUGCCAAUUGCACAAAAGAAAGACAUACACUGCUCGGAGUUAUUUAGCUCUUAACUGAUGCAGUGAGUUGCUUAUUUGUUAAACAACCAUGUCCAAAGACACAGGUAGUAGAACAGAUUUUCAUACUGAAAUAUGCUUCUACACUGCACUGCUCUUGAGUAUGCCUAUUGUUGGUCCAGGUUCCAGGCUCCAGGUUCAGUUUGCAUGCGAUGUGAACCUCCAAUCCUCCAGUUUCAUCAACCAUGACCAACAGGGCUCUGAUUAGUCGACUUGUUUAUGUCCUGUUUGUGUAUGAUUUGUGCAGAGGUCCGGGCAGACACUAUUCAUCAAAUUUCUCCAAAGUUGGCAUUUCUGCAGAAGGGUCAAAUUGUUGGUAUGCAUCACACAUCAAAGAUCAUCCAAGGAGAUUGCUGAAGCUACUAAAAUCAGGUUAAGAAAUGUCUUAACCUGAAUAUGAAGUAUGAAUUAAUGAAUAUUAAUUAUUUAUAAAGGGGAUCUAAACAUCCCAUCGUUGGUACAAGAUCUUGGCAAAAUAUCAAUGCUUCUCUGAACAGAAAUAAAUGACUUGAAGAAGCCUGUGGAAAGGAUGCCACAGUGAAUGUGUGUAGUAAACAAAGUGUUGUGUAAUGGGGACACGGUGAAGCAGUCGAAGUGUUCAGUGUGAAUGCACCCAAAUGAAGACCACAGGAUUCUGACGUUAAUAACACCCUUAGCUGUCAAUUACAGAAAAUACAUACUUUUACAGGCUUUAUCAAUUGAUACUUUUCAUGCGUUAUUGUAAAAUCAAUCUAUGUGUAAUAAUGUAUUCCCUAUUCUUAUGAAGCUGCUCUUUGCACUCAAUAAGAACUGUUGGGUGUUACCCAGCUGAGAAACUUAUUUUAAUUGUUGACGAGUGUCCUACUUGAGUUUUUCUACUAUUUUUUUUGUAAUGGGUUGUUUCUGGGGAGCGUGUUUAUUCAGAAAUAAUUCUGACUAUUAAUAAUUGUGUGAUUUCCAAACAUUAAAUAUUU